AUGGAAGUUCACAAAUUUAUGUUAAGCAUUAUUGCUGUACUUUUUGUAUAUUGGAAGACAUCUCACUAUUAUCAUUUUAAAUAUAAUACACAAUGUUUUAACGAAAAUGAUUUUUAUAAAUUAAAAAAUGGGAAACGAUUUGCAAGAAUUUUGCGAGUGGAUGAUAUAAGUAUAUUUAAAGUAUAUAAAAAUGCUCAGCAUCAAGAAGGCAGUCACCAGGAAAUCAUGGAACCACCAAACUUUAAUUAUAAUUUUAUAGAUUCCAAUACAUCUUUUGAUAUAAAUGAAGAUGUCGAAAUGACAGAGUAUAUUACAUUCACAAUUGACACAUGGAAUCAAAUUUUUUUAACUAUGUUUGAAUUGUAUAAUUUUUACACAAAUGAAAAUAAUAUUACAGAUAGUCGAUGGAAGUGUAUGAUGUGGAAUGAUAUAUGGUACAGAUAUAUAGAAAUUUUAAUUUCUGCGAUCAAUGAAGUUAUUCAAAGUUCAUCUUAUUCAGUGGCGGAUAUUCAACCCAUUAUACAUGGAUAUAUGGUUAAAUCUAUUGAAGAUUUUUCAGCAUUUUUAGAAAUCAUUCAGAAUGAGUGGGAAUUAAAACUUCGAAAUGAAGAACAAGAAGCAGAGAUAAGAGAACCAGAAAUUGAGGUUUCCGAAUCUGAGAGUAAUGUUGCGAAAAUAAACGAAUAG